AUGCGUCUCGUGGCGAACCCGCCGGGCAGAACCGUCGCAGGGGAGGUCAUAUUCGAGGGCGAAGACCUGCUUCAGAUGGACGACUCGGAGAUGCGCAGCAUCCGGGGCAACAAGAUAGCGAUGGUCUUCCAGGAACCGAUGACCUCGCUCAACCCUGUGCUGACGAUAGGCCGCCAGCUCACCGAGACCCUUGAGUUGCAUUUGAACAUGAGCAAAGAUCAAUCGCAUGAUCGGGCAGCGGAAUUGCUGCAACUUGUGGGCAUUCCGGACGCAGAGAACCGGCUGAAGGAUUAUCCCCACCAGUUCAGCGGCGGCAUGCGCCAGCGCGUGAUGAUCGCAAUGGCGUUGAGCUGCAAUCCACGCCUCAUUAUCGCGGACGAGCCAACGACCGCGCUGGAUGUUACGAUUCAGGCGCAGAUACUGGAGCUGAUGCAGGACCUUGCGGCGCAGUUCGGCACGGCGAUGAUUAUCAUCACGCACAACCUCGGCGUGGUCGCGCGUUACGCGCACCGCGUCAUCGUGAUGUACGCGGGCAAGAUAAUCGAAACAGGCGACGCACGAGAGAUUUAUGGAAAUCCCAGCCAUCCGUACACGAUGGGAUUGCUGGCUUCAGUGCCGCGACUGGACGAAACUACGCGUACCCGACUGGAGGCGAUCGAGGGGUUGCCGCCAAGCCUCGUGAACAUGCCGGCGGGCUGCUCCUUCGCGCCACGCUGCAGCUUCGCUUACGAGAGGUCUGGUGGGCGAGAGUGGAUGCGGGAAGACUACCACCGGACGCUGCAUCUUGCAGCUUUACAAGCCGACCGAGGGCGAUAUCAUCUUGAGGGCGAGGACCUGAACGCGCUGGAAGGCAGGGCGAUGCGCGAGAUGCGGCGCAAGGUGCAGGUCAUCUUCCAGGACCCGUAUGGCUCACUGAACCCGCGCAUGACCUGCGGCGACAUCGUGGGAGAGCCGCUCAUCGUGCAUAAGCUCACCUCGUCCAAGCAGGAGUACCGCGACCGCGUUACCGAACUCUUGCAGACGGUAGGACUCAAUCCGUAUAUGGCGGACCGCUACCCACACGAAUUCAGCGGCGGGCAGCGCCAGCGCAUCGGCAUAGCGCGCGCGCUGGCGGUCAACCCUACUUUCAUCGUUUGCGACGAGCCAGUCUCCGCGUUGGAUGUGUCCAUUCAGGCGCAGGUAAUCAACCUGCUGGAAGACCUGCAAGACCAGUUCGGUCUGACAUACCUGUUCAUCGCGCACGACCUGUCCGUGGUGCGGCAUAUCAGCGACCGCAUCGCGGUGAUGUAUCUCGGACAUAUAGUCGAGAUUGCCGACCGCAACGAGUUGUACCAGAAUCCGCUGCACCCGUAUACGAGGGCACUUCUCUCGGCGGUGCCGAUUCCGGAUCCGGUCGUGGAGCAGCAUCGCGAGCGCAUCAUCCUGACGGGUGACGUGCCCAGCCCGAUGAACCCUCCUCCCGGCUGCGUAUUCCACACGCGCUGCCCGGACAUGAUCGGCGACUGCCAGCUCGAAGUGCCGCGGCUGCGAGAGGUGUUGCCCGACCACUGGGUAUCCUGCAUCCGCGUGGAAGGCUACGAUACGGCGCCGUCGCUUUAG